AUGUCGUCGACGUUUCUCGCGAGUAACUCGAUUGUCAACACGUACAACGGUACCUCUGCGUCUGGCGCGCCUCCGUCGGCGGACGAACCGUUGUUUGCGCCCAUCUCGUCGUCUUCCAACCCGAAUUCGUCGCGAGUAUGCUACUUUUUCGACUCAGACAUUGGCAACUACCACUACGGUCCUGGCCAUCCGAUGAAGCCUACGCGCAUCCGAAUGUGUCACUCGCUGGUGAUGAACUACGGUCUAUACAAGCGCAUGGAGAUCUUCCGAGCCAAACCUGCCACGAAGCGCGAAAUGUCGCAGUUCCAUACGGACGAGUACGUCGAGUUUCUGAACCGAGUGACACCGGAUAACGUGGACUCGUUUGUUCGAGAACAGGCCAAGUUCAACGUUGGCGACGACUGUCCCGUAUUUGACGGCCUGUUCGAGUACUGCUCGAUCUCGGCGGGUGGGUCGAUGGAGGGAGCCGCGAGGCUGUCGCGCGACAAAUGCGAUAUCGCCAUCAACUGGGCGGGCGGAUUGCACCAUGCCAAAAAGGGCGAAGCAAGCGGAUUCUGCUACAUCAACGAUAUCGUUCUCGGAAUCCUCGAGUUGCUCCGCUACCAUCCGCGUGUUCUGUACAUCGACAUUGACGUGCACCACGGCGACGGUGUCGAAGAAGCGUUCUACACUACGGACCGCGUCAUGACUUGCAGCUUUCACAAAUACGGCGAGUUCUUCCCUGGCACAGGCGAACUAAGGGACAUUGGCAUCGGUAAAGGCAAGAUGUACUCGUGCAAUUUCCCGCUUCGCGACGGCAUCACGGAUGAGAGCUACAAAAGCGUGUUUGAACCCGUCAUCUCUCAGAUCAUGCAGCACUACCAGCCAUCCGCGGUGGUGCUUCAGUGCGGUAGCGAUUCGUUGGCGGGAGACAAGCUGGGAUGUUUCAAUCUAUCGAUGCGAGGACAUGCCAACUGCGUCGAGUACGUCAAGUCGUUCGGACUACCAUUGCUGUUGUUGGGCGGAGGCGGAUAUACGAUGCGCAACGUCAGUCGCGCCUGGGCAUUCGAGACUGGACUCGCUGCCGGUCAGGAGUUGAACGCUCAAAUCCCGGUGAACGAAUACUACGAAUACUUUGGGCCGGACUAUCGGUUGGAUGUUCGGCCGAACAACAUGCAAGACCUCAACACGCGCGAGUAUCUGGAAAAGAUCAAGAUCCAAGUGUUUGAGAAUCUGCGUCAGACGGCACAUGCGCCUUCGGUACAGGGGCAUGUGGAGCCGCGCAGUAUUGUCGAGUCGAUGCAUUUGCAACAUGUCAACGGCGACAUGGAGGAGCGCAUCGAUUUGGGCGACAAGAACGGAAUGCAGAUCUUGGACGACAAGUAUCCCGACGAGCGGCUUGUAGACACGCGUGAGUUUCAGGACCACUCUACGCGCGCCGACGAGUUGGACCGCGACGCCAGAGCGAAUCCGACUCGGAUCGACGACGCUGUCCACGCUCGUGCUGCACGACCCGCUCUGGCAGACUCUCGCAACCCCACCGCAGAUCCUAGCGAGCACGCCAUCGAUGAGCAGAUCCAGGCCGACGCCAUGGCGAAACUACUCGCUCCUAAACCCACCCUACAAGCCGAGCAUCCGCUCUCGUCAUCCGCUCAACCCGCCCACACCCCUAACAGCCACCAACCAUCACACUCCCCAACACCACCCGCCCCCAAUCCGCCACACCCAUAA